CACAGCUGUGUUGUGCAGCAGAGGCGCUGCGAGAGAGGGGAGAGCGGCCACACAAGCCGGACUGCCCGCACCUCUGUUAUUUCAUUCCAUUGGACACACUGCGGCCGGAGUAUGGCUGACCCCGCAGCCUGCGAGCCUGGGGAGGACACCACCACCCGCUUUGCCAGGAAGGGGGCUCUGCGGCAGAAGAAUGUGCAUGAGGUGAAGGAGCACAAGUUCACAGCCCGCUUCUUCAAGCAGCCCACCUUCUGCAGCCACUGCACCGACUUCAUCUGGGGUUUUGGCAAACAGGGAUUCCAGUGUCAAGUUUGCUGUUUCGUGGUGCACAAGCGGUGUCAUGAGUUUGUCACGUUUUCCUGCCCGGGCGCAGAUAAAGGGCCAGCAUCUGAUGACCCCCGCAGCAAACACAAGUUCAAAAUUCACACGUACUCCAGCCCGACGUUCUGUGACCACUGCGGCUCAUUGCUGUACGGCCUCAUUCACCAGGGGAUGAAAUGUGAAACCUGCAUGAUGAAUGUCCACAAGCGCUGCGUAAUGAACGUGCCAAGUCUGUGUGGCACCGACCACACCGAGCGAAGAGGAAGGAUACACAUCAAGGCGGAGAUCCGCGAGGAAGUACUGACAGUCACUGUCGGGGAUGCGAGAAACCUAGUUCCAAUGGACCCAAAUGGACUGUCUGACCCGUACGUAAAGCUAAAGCUCAUCCCAGACCCAAAGAGCGAGAGCAAACAAAAGACCAAGACUAUCAAGUGUUCCCUGAACCCAACCUGGAAUGAGAGCUUUAAAUUCCAGCUGAAGGAGUCCGAUAAAGAUCGCAGGCUGUCCGUGGAAAUCUGGGACUGGGACUUAACCAGUAGGAAUGAUUUCAUGGGGUCCCUGUCGUUUGGUAUCUCGGAGCUACUGAAGGCCGGCGUAGACGGUUGGUUCAAGUUGCUCAGCCAAGAGGAGGGAGAAUACUUUAACGUACCUGUGCCACCUGAAGGAGAAGAAGGCAACGAAGAGCUACGCCAGAAGUUUGAGAGAGCUAAAAUUGGCCCCGGGACCAAAGCCGUUGAAGAGAAAGUGGUGAACCCAAUGCCCAAGGUGGACAACAAUGGAACCAGGGACCGUAUGAAAGUGUCAGACUUUAACUUCCUAAAGGUUCUGGGGAAAGGCAGCUUUGGGAAGGUGAUCCUGGCAGAGAGGAAAGGAACAGAUGAGCUCUAUGCAAUAAAGAUCCUGAAGAAGGACGUGGUGAUUCAGGAUGAUGAUGUUGAGUGCACAAUGGUAGAGAAGAGGGUCUUGGCUCUGUCUGGGAAGCCCCCAUUCCUCACUCAGCUGCACUCCUGUUUCCAGACAAUGGAUCGCCUUUACUUUGUCAUGGAGUACGUCAAUGGUGGAGACCUCAUGUACCAGAUCCAGCAGGUCGGCCGAUUCAAGGAACCACAUGCAGUAUUCUACGCAGCAGAGAUAGCCAUCGGCCUGCUAUUCCUGCACAGCAAAGGCAUCGUGUAUAGGGACCUCAAGCUGGAUAACGUCAUGCUGGAUUCAGAGGGACACAUAAAGAUCGCAGACUUCGGCAUGUGUAAGGAGAACAUGUGGGACGGGGUAACGACAAAGACCUUCUGCGGCACGCCAGACUACAUAGCGCCCGAGAUUAUAGCUUACCAGCCUUACGCCAAGUCAGUGGAUUGGUGGGCAUUCGGGAUCCUUCUUUACGAGAUGUUAGCCGGGCAGGCUCCGUUCGAAGGGGAAGAUGAGGAUGAGUUAUUCCAGUCCAUCAUGGAGCAUAAUGUAGCAUAUCCCAAAUCAAUGUCCAAGGAAGCUGUGGCCAUCUGUAAAGGGCUGAUGACAAAGCAUCCUGGGAAGCGGCUGGGCUGUGGCCCAGAGGGGGAGCGAGACAUUAAGGACCAUGCCUUUUUCCGAUACAUAGACUGGGAGAAGCUGGAAAGGAACGAGAUCCAACCCCCCUACAAGCCAAAGGCGAAGGACAGGAAGGACACCUCUAAUUUUGACAAGGAGUUCACCCGCCAGCCCGUCGAGCUCACCCCCACCGACAAACUCUUUAUCAUGAACCUGGAUCAAAAUGAGUUUGCCGGAUUCUCCUACGUCAACCCAGAGUUUGUGAUCGUCGUGUAGGAUGAGCUCGCGUUCCCUGGGACCUAGUGGUAAGACUUAGUCUUCACAUGGACAAAACCUUGAUCGUGAGUGGGACUCACAGGCCGGAUGCUACCAAGGAUCGCUUUGGUGUUGCUGGAGAGUCAUGGCGAGCAGGUUCUUCUGCUAGUGGGAAGGUUGUACAUGGUUUGCUUUUAAUCUAUGUUUUAAACUCAUUUUUUGACACAAUGAUGGUAUUAGAUACGUUGGAAGUUUUGUUCUGACCCCAAAAUGCUUGAAUAUCUUAAUCGUUAGACACAUUGGCCAGGUAGACUAUGUGAGCCAUUGUUGACCCUCAAUGCAUUAGCUCUCAAAAUGGCUUCUACUAAUGCUAUGGCCACAAGCAGGCAUUCAUUCUCCUCCAUAUUAACAGUCAUUGUACAAACCUGGAGUUUCUUCUCCUAUUUAGGCAUUUCAUUGCUCCCAUCUAGCAGAACCAAUCCCAUUAUCUGAGACAGCUUGUCCUAUCUUAGAGAGUUCAAAAGAAUGUAAUAUUUCAAUUCAAAUGAGCCUGACGGAUGGACUUACAAUGUCAUUCUCCCAGGUUCUCUACUACAAAACAGAUAGACCAAGGUUUGACCCCAUGGUGGGACUAUGUGAGACCAAUCAGAUUAGGCUCCAUUUGUACUAAAUACCUAUCUGUUUGCACUACCAGGCACCAUGAUUUGCUGAUGCAUAAGCUCUCAGAGUGGCAUCCAUUCUGCCAUGACUAGGUAUCCUGAGGCACCCUUGUACUCUUGUGGAGAUAAAACUCCCAGCUUUACCCAUAAGGCAGCAGAUGGAUUCUGGGAGAGGUAGCUAUGCAAGAGUGAUAGUACCCUGGUUGCCCAUUGGUUUUAAAUAUUCAAUACAUGUUUUGAACCGUAGGGCAGCACCUCAGAGAUCUUCUCCAACUCCAGGUCUGGGAUAAUGAUCUACAUUAUGGCAUUGUAGAGAACUCCAAUAAGAGUCAGUUAAUAUUACAUUUAGUAAGGGCCCCACUGCUUAAGCAGUCUCAUUGCAACCAUCAUAGACGACCUUAACCCAGGGGUCCUCCUCAAACUUCUGACCCAAGGGGCUGUAUCAAGGGCAGGACCGCCAUCAACAGCCCCCCCCCAGCAGCGGCGGCGGCAAAAUGUGGCCCAAACUUGUCUCAUUUCCCCCCAACCCCUUCCUCUCUCUCCACUGCCAGGGGUAAGGACGCAGCGGGGGGCCGGGUAAAUUCCCCCGGUGGGCCGGAUCUGGCCCGCGGGCCGUAGUUUGAGGGCCGCUGCCUUAACCCAUUCCAGAACCAGGAAUUAAAAAAGGCUAGGGUCAGUUAUUAAAUUGUUUAAGUUUGGGAUGUGCAACCUGCAACCCACCUGCUGUUGUUGAGGGCGUAUAUACUGGCAAUAUCUAGUAACUGGCACACAGUUCGUCUCUUGUACUUUUAUUUAAGUUCUUAAAUGCCAGCAAUGGGUCCUACCCAAUUCCACACGUGUUUCAGUAAAUGCCACCACCUCUCCCUGCAAUAAUGACAAUUUUAAGCUGUUCUGCUUCUAUUGAGGCAUCAUAAUUCGGCCCCAUAACAGCCGCCACCCAUCUUCUUCUUUACACAUGAUAGGAGGGAUAAGGAGAGGUGCAAAAACACCUUUAAUAUGUGAUCAUCUGCUUCUUUGUGAAAUGCAAAUGUGCUCCGUGCUGCAGGUAAAUAUGAUACACGCUCUGUUCUGCACAGCAAAAUACAUUCCUUAUGGCAAGAGAGGCCUCUCUAUUGAUUUAAUACAUGGUUUUGUUGUGUACACUGGCACCGUUUGAUUGGCAGAGGGAGUAGGCAUUAUUUACUCAUCCCAUGGGGGCAAGUGUUCACAAAAUGGCAGCUCUUAGUGCCCGUAGGAUUUGUACAGUCUGAAUGUUACCCUGAAUCCAGAGCAAAUUGCAAAGCACAGAGAGAUGGACACGGUGCAGCCGACUGGGGUCCCACUGGGCACUCACUAGGUUGCACAACUGAAUGACAAGGAAGCUAUGGGGCACCCAUGGAAAUGCCCAUGUACUCCCCCAGCCAGCCCUUCUUGCAUUGAGCUCUAUAGAAUGCAGGCAGACUGUACCCCUGAGAAUAGCGCAGGUCUUUGUGCUCUAUUCUGGUGCAAAGACAUCCCACUAGGGUGCUAAUUAUGUACAUGAAA